AUCCAAGACCAAAAUACAAUAAUUUUAUUCCUUUCCCAUCUCAAUAUUUCACUCCUUAUGAACCACACCCCAUCACACAACACUCUCUUCUCUUCUCCCGUAAGCUAACUCGCAAAAUAUAAUCACAGAAGUGAAAUUUCUAAUUUCUAAUUUCUAAUUUUUUGAUUUUACAAUGAAAAACUCAUCGGCAUUUUUCGAUGAUUCGGGGUUUUCUUUCGCGAGCCUUUCGGAUGGUGAGAAGAGGCUGUUAGACAUGUUGGGUAGUGAAGACAUGUUGAAUCAGCCUAGUUCUAUAUAUGAUCUGAUUCAGGUUCCUUCAGUGCAAGAACCACAACAGCCAGUUGAAACAUCCGAGGUUGUUAACGAUGCAGAGACACCCAACUCCUCGUCUAUUUGUACUUCAUCCAAUGAUGCUGUCAAAGAUGAUCAGCAGAGCAAAAGAAGCACUCAGGGUGGCAAGCCCAAAAAAAUGCUAAAGGCGGAGAAGAAGAUCGCAAAGAAGCAAAGGGAGCCGCGUGUCGCGUUUAUGACAAGGACUGAUAUUGAUCAUUUGGAUGACGGGUAUAGAUGGAGGAAAUAUGGCCAAAAAGCGGUGAAAAAUAGUCCUUUUCCAAGGAGCUACUAUCGUUGCACCAGUACAACCUGCGGUGUCCUGAAGAGGGUUGAAAGAUCAUCAACUGACCCUUCAAUUGUUGUCACCACAUAUGAAGGCAACCACAACCAUUUAUGCCCGGUAGCACACCCCGGUGCCAUGGGAAUCUCACCCGAACCUUACUCUCUCCGCGGUGAUGCUUUGAGCACUCAGCAAAGACUCCAGCAGCAGAGCAUUCAGCAUCUACUCCAGCUGCAGCAACAACCCUAUACAAUUAGUCCAGCAUCUUUUUCGAACUCGAGAGCUACUAGUUACAGUCCUUUAGAUGCUCCUACUCAUGUUCUUGAAGAAAAUGAAUUGUCUUUUUCUCCUUCGUCAUUGUUUAGAGAUCAGGGGCUUCUGCAAGACAUGGUGUCAUCCCAAAUGCAAUCAGAGAAGAAGUAGAAAACUGAGCCAAAAUUUAGUUCCCUUGAUUUUUGUAACUGGUAUGCUAUUAGUUCUGAUUAGAUACUGAUAUAAUCUUAGUUCGCAUUAAUUAGAAAAGGAUCUCGUCGUUUGAGCUCUUUUGUUAUUUGAUUUGUUAGCAAUAACGUUAUAAAAUUUUUCAAUUCAUGAA